AUGCCCAAAUUAGGGCUUGCGACGGCCGGCGGCAAUGGUGGUUUGAUAUUGGAGGUGGGUGGAGGCGAAGGAAGGCAGUCGAUUGAAGGUGGAGGAGGCGAAGGAAGGCAGUCGAUUGAAGGUGGAGGAGGCGACGGAGGCCGGCGUGGCGUUCGUCUAGCCCGAGGUGGUGAGGAAUCGGCGAUUAACGGCGUGAUAAUCGGUGGUCUCGGCGGUGAUGGCGAUGAUGGUGGCGACAACGAGGCACUAUUUGCAACGAGGUCAAUCAUUUCAGGUUCCCCUGUCGGUCGCGAGGCGGAGGUGCAUGCCUGUCGGCAGUUACUUCGCCGGACCGGUUGUGGUGGGUCGCGGACAGCAGCUCAUUUCAUCCGUGCCAUUGUUUUCGAAAAUGAGGAGAAGUGGAGUGAUAGUUUAGUUUAG